GUAGCCGACGCAGUAAAAUCCUCUGAAGACGAAGAAGACGAUGAGUCAUCCUCAGAGGAAAAUAAACUGUCCAAUGAGCUGUCAACGAGUAACGAGAAGCUCCAAACGUUAGCGCCGCAGUGGGUGAUGCCGGACAAAAUGGAGAAGCAGCUUCACGCCGUUCCCGCCAGCAGAACGGUGAAGUUUCGCUGCCAGGCCACCGGGAGCCCGGUCCCCACGCUGCGCUGGUACAAGAACGGGAGAGGGUUCAGAAAGGACCAACGGAUCGGAGGCUACAAGAUCAGAGACCACAUGUGGACUUUAAUAAUGGAGUCGGUGGUGCCAUCCGAUAAAGGGAACUACACCUGUGUGGUGGAGAAUGAACACGGGAGCAUCAAACACACCUACCUGCUGGAUGUAGUUGAGCGUUCUCCUCACAGACCCAUCCUGCAGGCGGGUCUCCCGGCCAAUCAGACGGCGGUCGUGGGUCGAGACGUGGUGUUCGUGUGCCGCGUGUUCAGCGACCCGCAGCCUCACAUCCAGUGGCUCAAACACAUCACCAUCAACGGCAGCAGAGAGGCGCCCGACGGACAUCCAUACGUCCACGUACUCAAGACUGCGGGUCUGAACAUGACGGAUAAAGAGAUGGAGGUUCUGACUCUGAGGAACGUGAGUCUUAAUGAUUCAGGAGAAUACACGUGUUUAGCAGGAAACUCCAUCGGCGUCUCGCAUCACUCCGCCUGGCUCAGUGUCACUGACGAGCUCCCCCCCACCCCACUGCCCUCGCAGACGUACCUGGAGAUCUUCAUCUACUGCCUCGGCUUCUUCAUCAUCGUUAUCCUCAUCGCCACCGCCGUCAUCUGCAGACUCUGCUGGGCGCCGAAGAAAAACCACUUCCACCAUCAGCUGGCCGUCCAGAAGUUAGCGAAGAGCAUCCCUCUGAGGAGACAGGUGUCGGUGGACUCCUCGUCAGGGAUGUGUUUGAUACGUUCGUCUCGUCUCUCGAGCGCCGCGACCUCCAGCCUCACCGGAGUCUCAGAGUACGAGCUGCCCUACGACCCCGCAUGGGAACUUCCUCGAGAACGACUGACGCUGGGGAAGCCUCUGGGCGAGGGAUGUUUCGGGCAGGUGGUUCUGGCCGAGGCGGUCGGGAUCGAUAAGAACAAACCGACCCGCCUCACUAAAGUCGCCGUGAAGAUGCUCAAAGCGGACGCCACAGAGAAGGAUCUGUCUGACCUGAUCUCUGAGAUGGAGAUGAUGAAGAUGAUCGGGAAACACAAAAACAUCAUCAACCUGCUGGGAGCGUGCACACAGGACGGGUCUCUGUACGUUGUGGUAGAGUUUGCCUCUCAGGGGAACCUCCGGGAGGUCCUGAGGUCUCGUCGCCCCCCUGGUCUGGAGUACUGGAGCGACUCCCAGCAGGAGGCCAUGGACCGGCUGGAGGUCAGGGAGCUGGUCUCUGCUGCGUACCAGGUGUCUAGAGGGAUGGACUACCUCGCCUCCAGGAAGUGUAUCCACAGAGAUUUGGCAGCGAGGAACGUUCUGGUGACCGAAGACAACGUGAUGAAGAUCGCUGACUUCGGUUUGGCUCGAGACGUUCAUCACAUCGAUUACUACAAGAAGACCACCAACGGCCGUCUGCCGGUGAAGUGGAUGGCUCCAGAGGCUCUGUUCGAUCGGAUCUACACACACCAGAGCGACGUGUGGUCCUUCGGGGUCCUGCUGUGGGAGAUCUUCACCCUCGGGGGGUCCCCGUACCCCGGGGUCCCUGUGGAGGAACUCUUUAAACUGCUGAAGGAGGGCCAUCGCAUGGAGAAACCCUCCGCCUGCCCCCAGGAGCUGUAUCGGAUGAUGAGAGACUGCUGGCACGCCGUCCCCGCUCGCAGACCCACUUUCUCUCAGCUGGUGGACGAUUUAGACCAAACACUUUCCCUCAUGGCCAACCAGGAUUACCUGGAGCUGGCGUCUCCUCUCGUCCAGCUCUCCUCCGUCAGCUCCUCUCUCUCCUGCAGCUCCUCGUGAGCCUUCUGGGAAUUUCUUCCUUCCUUCGUCCCGUUUCCUCUCGAUGUUUCACUGCAGCUUCCUUAUGUGAAACACAGCUGGACUGAGGGAUGGAACCACUGCUGCUGAAACAUGUUUAUAAUAAUAACGUUCUCAGUGUGAAUAGUGUACAUAUUAUUUUGUUAUUGCGAAUACAAGGAUGAAGACAGAACUGGAUUCAUAGGAAAUGAAAUGUAAAGCGAGAAAUACUUACUAAAUGAGGAACAAAAUACAGAAGAUGUGGAAAGGGAAGUUAUUCACUAUAACAAGCAUUAAGAAAAAGGGGCAACAAAUGUAAUAGCAUUACAAAAUAGUCAUUAAAAAGCUAAGAAAACACAAGCUUUAAAAGGAAAUACGUCAGUUAUGAAAUAUAAUAAUUAAAGUUACAGUGAAGAGUAACAUAUGAAUAUAAUUGUUUUUGUUAAAAAAGAUAGGAUUCAGUUUUAAUGUAAAAUAAACUGUAUUUUUUUCUUUGCCUUUUCUAGAUAUAUUCAGCAUAAAAACUAUUUUUCCAUGUUUAGUUUUAACUUUGAAGACAAGAAACAGGCCUUCAUGGUUUGUAAUGUAGCAGACGUUUUAUACACACAACUAAAUGUGUACAUAUAUCUAUACAUUAGUUAAAAUAAUACAUUUAAAUGUACUUUUUACUCGUCUACCAUCUGCCUCCUUAGAUGUAUUUCUUUGUGCAUUCUUUUAUUAAUUUAUUUUGUACCAAUAUUUAUGUAUUUCUCCACACCUGUUGCCAAAGAAGAUGUCCGCCAGUGUUCAACAUUGCACUUAUCCAGCUGAGUACAGCCUGCCAUUUACAGAAAACGCUUCGAGUUGAAUGUGUACAGUAACUGAUUAACAACAGUAUUAAAACUUUUUUUGAAUUUA